GCGCAGUUGCUUCUUGCGGCGCUCCGGCUCCACAUUGGCGGAAGGCGAGACAGCGGGAGGAAUCAUAGAGAGUCAGAGAUGGAGCUGCCGGGAAGAGAAGAAUUAGAUCUGGAAGUAAUGAAGCCUUUAAUAGAAGAAGAACAGGAUUCAGAGAGUGAUGACGAGCAUAAAAGUAAAUUGCUGCCAGCUGAGAAGAAAUAUCAGCUUGAUGAUCAAGAAAGCAUUACGUUUGUCCAAACACUCACACAUCUCUUGAAGGGAAACAUUGGAACUGGACUUCUAGGGCUUCCGCUCGCAAUAAAGAAUUCAGGCAUUGUGCUUGGACCAAUCAGUCUUGUGUUUAUUGGAGUUGUGUCAAUUCACUGUAUGCACAUUUUGGUGCGUUGCAGCCAGCAUUUUUCCCAGAGGUUGAAAAAGUCUUCCUUAGGGUAUAGCGACACAGUUAGCCAUGCAAUAGAAGCCGGGCCUUUUGACUUUAUGCAGAAACGAGCCCAUUGGGGAAGACAUAUUGUCGACUUCUUCCUUGUGGUGACACAGUUGGGGUUUUGUAGUGUAUAUAUUGUGUUCCUGGCCGAAAACUCAAAACAUAUUUAUGAAGGGUUUGUAGGAACCAAAUCUGCUGCUCUGAAUUUCACAGGAACGUCUAGACCUUCAGAGAGAAGUUCCAUGGAUCUGCGACUAUAUAUGUUGUGCUUCCUUCCAUUUAUCAUCCUCUUGGUCUUCAUCCGUGACCUGAAAAGUCUGUCCAUCCUGUCAUUCCUUGCAAAUCUCUCCAUGGCUGUUAGCCUUGUGAUUAUUUAUCAAUAUAUUAUUUGGGGUUUGUCCACUCCCCGAAAGCUGACUUUGGUGGCGAACUGGAAGAAGUUUCCCCUCUUCUUUGGGACAGCUAUAUUUGCAUUUGAAGGCAUAGGAGUGGUACUUCCACUCCAGAACAGGAUGAAAGAUACUGAACGUUUCCCAUUGGCACUCAACAUCGGCAUGGGAAUUGUGAUGACCUUGUACAUAUCUCUGGCCACACUUGGCUAUAUUCGCUUUGGGAAUGAAAUCAAAGGCAGCAUCACAUUGAACCUGCCGCAGGAUCGGUGGUUGUACCAACUGGUCAAGAUUCUCUAUUCCUUUGGGAUCUUUGUGACCUAUUCAAUUCAGUUCUACGUUCCAGCUGAAAUCCUCAUUCCAUUUGUUGCCGCUAGAGUGCAGCAGAAGCUGAAACUGGUCUGUGAGUUCGCACUGAGGGCAUUUUUGGUCUGCUUGACAUGUGCUCUUGCAGUUUCGAUCCCACGUCUGGAUAUCGUCAUUUCCUUUGUCGGAGCUGUAAGCAGCAGCACUCUCGCUUUGAUCUUGCCACCAUUAGUGGAAAUCUUCACUUUCUACAAGGAGAAACCAAGUGCCUGGCUAAUAUUGAAGGACAUUUCCAUAGCCCUCCUUGGUGUAAUUGGUUUUUUAACUGGCACUUAUGCGACUAUCGAAGAGAUCAUUUGCCCUUCUUCCUCGGUUUCCGUCAACGCUUCGGAUACAUCAGAAUGUUUCAAUGCUUCACGGUUGACCGUGGGUGCCAAUUAAUGUUUGGACAACAAAGACUCUCUUGAGUUUGUUAGUAUAUUUGGAUAUAUUUGAGAACCAAAGACAACAGAUUCCAAAUGUGGAUGUUAGAGGUGGGAGCCAGUUCAGUGGAUUCCUGGAAACCUAAAUGAAUUCCUGCCCAAAAUCCAAGAUACUUUUUUCUUCUUUCCUUUGUUUCCCAAUAUCUCCUCACCAUUCCCUCUAGUGAAGAACAUUAUUUUGAACCAUGAAAACUUUCUGUGUGUGUUUUUCCAAAUUGGAUCAGAGAGCAAAAUACAACUCGGUAUCAUAGAUUACCAGCACUAAAUAUGUCUUCUCCAUCAACUUGGAGAUGGGAUCAGCUCAAUGGAUUCCUGAGAACUUCCUAAGGUCCAAGCUAAAGUUCUCUUCAUUCCUUUAUUUCCCAUUAUCCCCAUACCAUUCCUUCUAGUGAAGAGCACUCUUUAGAAGCAAAAUAACUUUUUAUCUCUGUCUUUGAAAAUGGGACCAGAGAGCAAAACACUGUCACAGAUGUUCAACACCAACUGUGACAUCUUCUCUAUUACCUCUUCUUAGUCUGUUAUAUGACUUAUGUCAGUAUUGCUAACCACCCAGGUUGACAAGAUAUAUGAAAAAAAUAUAGAUGCACUUUUUAUACUUUUUUUUGGUUUUAUGAGACUCAAGACCUCCCUAUGGGUUGUGCUACACAAAUUCCCAAAUCUUUAGCUACUCUUCCUUCCAGCAUUUUCCUUUCCCAUGAAGGCAGAUGACCCUCAUAUGAAGUGUAAUGGCGUUAACUGCCUCCGUAGCAGGAUGCAAAGAAUGAGAUUGAAUGUGCCUGCAAUUUUUUCAAGUAUCUGAAAAGGAGUAUGUCUUCGGAUGUAGCCCUUCAUCACUGUGAUACAAAUCUAAAAAAUAGCCUCUGUUGAGAUGAGAUAUUACAUUUUUUGCUUAGUAUAACAAAGCCAUAUUCAUUAAUGCCACAUCUGUUUUUUAAGCAUACUUCUCUCCCAUCUCGGUCAACUGCAGAACUACAGGUCUGCAAAAUGCUGUAUUUUUCUAUUUAUUCCUAACUUGACAGAGCAAUUCUAUAUUUGUACUUCAGAUGUGUUGAUUACAAUGGAGAUAUUUCUGCAGAUUUUCAUUUUAAAUAAUAACAUAUGUUACUGUUCUUUCAUCCAGUUUCUAAGAGAAAGAAAUUUUGGUAGUUUGUAGAUUUGCAAUGGAUGAUAAUGGAAAGACUCCAUGGGUUAAAUCCAUACUUGGAGAUAAACUACUGAAAUAAGGAAGAUCUAAUGGAGCCAUAAUCAAACUUACUAUAAGUUGUGCGGAUUUCAAUAGGAUUACUUUGAAGCGUUGUAAAAUGUCUGUCCAACCUAAUAUUUUAACCUUGUUGAAAUGAAAUGAACUUUAAAUCCUAAAUCUUGUUAUUAGUCCUAGAUAGAGUAGAUUAUUUGAAUUAGUGGAAUUUUACCUAUGCCUUGACUCACAACUUGAUACAGUGGGUCUGGAUGGGAUUAUUAUUAUUAUUAUUAUUAUUAUUAUUAUUAUUAUUGUGUGUGUUAGGAGCAAUUUGAGAAACUGCAAGUUGCUUCUGGUGUGAGAGAAUUGGCCGUCUGCAAGCUUGUUGCCCAGGAGAUGCCCGGAUGUUUGAUGUUUUACCAUCCUUGUGGAAGGCUUCUCUCAUGUCACCACAUGAGAAGUUAGAGCUGACAGAUGGGAGCUCACCUCACUCCCCAAAUUCGAACCGCUGACCUUUCCAUCAGCAGUCCUUCCGUCACAAGGGGACUCCGGUGGGAUGGGAUUAUGCAAUGAAAAUCAGGUCUAUAUGUUAGUAGGUUCUAUAUGUGAAUCUGAUUAUUUUGCUGUUUUUUUCCUAUUUUGUUAAGAAUCCAGAAACCUUGAGUGCUGAGAUCUUUUCUUGCUGUUCUAUGUGUACUGAGUGAUAUUUCAUAGUAAUUCAGCUUGUGCAGAAAUUCCAGUGAAUUGAUACCAUUGUACAGUUCAAAUCCAUGUGUUUUGUACAGAAGGAUUUCCUGGAGAUUAUCAGAAAAAUCACGGCAAAGAAUACAUAUUUUGGCACGCAAGGUUUUUGUACUCUUCAAACAACGAAGAAGUGGGAGUUUUAGACAUCCAGGAAAUUUUCUCCUUUAUUAUCCAUGCAAAUGUUGCAACACCACAAGUCAUAUUGCUUUGCUUUUAUGACUUCAGUGAUAGCAUCCCAUCUUUCUUACGACACUAAAGGCUUGUUUGCACCCUAAUCCAUUUGAUCCUCUUCUGCCUCCUUGGGUUCUAAGCUUCCUUCUCCUACAUAUCCAUCAUUUUUAAAUAAAUAUAUAUUAAAACGAGAAGCGGGGAAGCUCUGUGUAGCAGGACAAUCUGUAUUUAACUGUAUAUGCCCGUUCUGCUCACAAUUCUGGCAGGGACAGAAUGGCUUCUUUUGCUACACUUCUUCUCAAUGAGAAGUGGAUUUUAGAUGCACCGGAUUUCAGUUGUAUAUAAAACUUCAAUCAUGAUUGCAUCACAGUGUUUACUAUAAGGGGCCUAUGCAGCUACAGCAUUGGCACUAAUAUAUGUAAAUAUAUUGUACCAAUAUGUGCAUAGUAAAUAAUAUGUCUCCACUUUCAACUUUGCAGUUUCCUACGCCAUACGUUUUCUGAUGAGAUUGUAAAUAGUAGUGUAUUAUGCAUGUUGAUGUUAAAAAUGUAUAUUGCCAUGGUUUUCUGUCUCGUAGAAGACUGCACAAUGGAAGCAGAUCUGUGUGUUUUCAUGGAUCUGCUGCACUCACGUAUAGUAUGAGGUGGGGAGUGUUUUGCAGUACAUGAGCCAAAAUCUUUCCUUUAGAGACACUUAUUUCCUCAGACCUGAGAAUGAGCACUUGUUCUCCAGAGAUCAAAAGUACAGACCUACACUUCUGGUCUACAUGUUUAUCUUGAUAUUUAAAUGUGAUCUCUUCCUAUUUUCCACUUGUUUCUGCAGCAGAUUAAUGUUCAGACGCACAGUUCUGCUGCCAUUCUAUCUAGUUGAAUCCUGAAUUUCCUAUAUGUAAUCUCCCUCCCCUAAUGUCUGGUAUAGGUAAUACCAGUUUUGGGUUGUUGUAGGUUUUUUCGGGCUAUAUGGCCAUGUUCUAGAGUCAUUCGCUCCUGACGUUUCGCCUGCAUCUAUGGCAAGCAUCCUCAGAGAUAGUGACUAUGUGGAAACUGAGGUAGUGAUUAUGUGGAAUACGCCACUGUGGAAUCUUCUCAGAUCAUAUGUUCUCUGUCCCAUGAUUCACUCUUGGAGGCCUCUGUGCAGAAUCGGUGCCAAUACGCUGAAGCAUCUGUCUUGGACUAAUGCUUGGCUGACAGUAGUCUUUGGCCCAUACAAUGCUGAUGGCAAGGCAGGAGAUUUGCAUCUAUGGCAAGCAUCCUCAGAGGUAGUGACUACCUCUGAGGAUGCUUACCAUAGAUGCAGGCGAAACAUCAGGAGAGAAUGCCUCUAGAACAUGGCCAUAUAGCAACGCAGUGAUUCUGGCCAUGAAAGCCUUCGACAAUACAAUACCAGUUUUAAUUUCCUUUCCUUUGGGGAGUUCUGGCCCUUCUGUGUCCAUCUGCGGGGAGAAUACGCCACUGUGGAAUCUGCACGGAUCAUAUGUUCUCUGUCCCAUGAUUCACUCUUGGAGGCCUCCGUGCAGAAUCGGUGCCAAUACGCUGAAGCAUCUGUCUUGGACUAAUGCUUGGCUGACAGUAGUCUUUGGCCCAUACAAAGCUGAUGGCAAGACAGGAGAUUUGCUGUCGAAAGCCAUGUUUGUUCAGUCCACAAGUGCCUUUUAUAUGCAAAGAGAAAGAAGAAAAGGAGGAGGAAGAAAGAAACUCCCUGAAAAGCUGAAUGUCCAGCAUCUCCACUCUAAAGUGGAGAUAGAUGAUUGUGUCCCAAAUGUAUGCCAUUAGCAAGCCUUGGGUUCUGAUUCAUUCCCUUUGAUAAAUUGACACGGUAGACAUCAAAACAUUCAUGUUCGCCUUGUCAAAGUGCCAAGAGAGGAUUACUAGCCUCUCAACUAGCCAUCCCAAUACUCAGCUAGCUAAUGAAAGCUUUCUUCCUUGUGCCUCACCUGCAUGUAUAGUACCCCCUUUAAUUUAUGUUCAGAACAUUAAAAAAUGCUAACAGAUAUGACUUAAGUUGACACAACACAGUGUCUCAAAGUAUUUAAUAUAAGUAUGCGUACUGUAUGUACUCAUGUAUAAAUCCAGAACUUAUUGUCAAAAAAUUUACUUAUCCAGGGAUCAAUGUAAACAUUGUACUCUAACGCCUUUCCAAAAAGAAACCGUGUGAGGGAAAGUCAUAGGGAGGAGGGAGCAAGCUUGUUUUCUGCUGCCCUGGAGACUAGGAUGUGGAACAAUGGCUUCAAACUACAGAAAAUGGGAUUCCACCUGAACAUGAGGAAUAACUUCCUAACUAUGAGAUCUGUUCAGAAGUGGAACUCUCUGCCCCAGCGUGUGGUGGAGGCUCCUUCUUUGGAGGCUUUUAAGCAGAGGCUGGAUGACCAUCUGUGAGGGGUGCUUUGAAUGUGAUUUUCCUGCUUCUUGGCAGGGGGUUGAACUGGAUGGCCCAUGAGGUCUCUUCCAACUCUAUGAUUUUCUGUGUAGAAUGUCAAAAGAUGAGAGCUUAGUCUAUCCCAGGAGAACCUAAAAGAAGCCCUGAACCCCUCUAUUUCCUCUGGUAAGGUGCCAAUACUGUUUUUUCCCCCCUA